AUGUGGGGUUACGCGGAGCCCGUCGUCCGGGCCCUCGUGUCGAGGGCAGACGACAGCAUCCCAGAUAUCACAGAUCCGUGGGCAACCAAAGAUAUUGUCUAUGUAUCUAUCGUCGGCACUGUUAUGCUUGCCGCACUACUCGAGUGGUUCCUCUGGGUUGCCGCAUUCACAUACUGUCUGGUCAAGGUCUUCCAGAAGGCUGAGACUAUCAGUGUUCGUCUUCUGGCAGUCUUCUUCGGUAUCCUGUUCUUCUGUCUUCGUGCCAUCUUCCUGCCCAUCAUGGUUGUCACACUCCCUUUGCCUUCUCAGGUUGUAAAGUACUUCCCCCAAGAGAUGGUCGACUUCCUUCAGUGGUUUGCUUUCUGGUCAUUUGCUGGUCUCUUGACAAUCCCGUGGCUGUUCUGCGUCUACCAGCUCGUCACCCAUUCCGUCGGCCGCGCCAGGAGGAUCAAAACUGUGCUCGAUGAGGCUUCGGCUCCCAAGGUCGUCAUAGUUAUGCCCUGCUACAAGGAGAUUCCGGAGAUUCUUCUGCGAACAUGCGACUCGCUCGUUGACUGCGAGUACCCUCCUUCUUGUCUGCACAUCUUCCUGUCCUUCGACGGAGAUCAGGAAGACGAACUAUACCUGAACACCAUCGAGAAGCUCGGUGUGCCUCUUACCCUCGACUCGUACCCCAAGUCCAUCGAUGUCAUCUACCGUCAGUGCCGUAUCACCAUCUCUCGCUUCCCCCACGGUGGCAAGCGCCACUGCCAGAAGAGGACCUUCAAGCUCAUCGACAAGAUCUACUCCGAAUACCUCAAGCGCAACGACAACCUCUUCGUGCUCUUCAUCGACUCCGACUGUAUUCUCGACAAGGCCUGUAUCCAGAACUUCAUGUACGAGAUGGAACUCAAGCCUGGAUCCAAGAGAAACAUGUUGGCGCAGACCGGUGUCAUUACAUCCACAACUGAGAAGAACUCGCUCAUCACCCUACUCCAAGAUAUGGAGUACAUCCACGGUCAGCUCUUUGAGCGUUCCGUCGAGUCCGGUUGCGGUGCUGUCACUUGUCUUCCCGGUGCCCUUACUAUGUUGCGUUUCUCCGCUUUCCGUAAGAUGGCCAAGUACUACUUCGCCGACAAAGCCGAACAGUGUGACGACCUCUUCGAUUACGGCAAGUGCCAUUUGGGUGAGGAUCGUUGGUUGACUCACUUAUUCAUGAUUGGCGCCCAAGAGCGAUACCAGAUCCAGAUGAACACCGGAGCUUUCUGCAAGACCGAGGCUGUGCAAACAUACGGCUCUUUGCUCAAGCAGCGACGCCGCUGGUUCUUGGGUUUCAUCACCAACGAAGUUUGCAUGUUGACAGAUAUUCGUCUGUGGAAGCGCUACCCCAUCCUGCUGGUCGUCCGUUUUAUGCAGAACACCAUCCGCACCACCGCCCUGCUGUUCUUCAUCUUAGUUCUCUCCCUCGUCACAACAUCACAGAAGGUCGCCAACCUGCCUGUCGGGUUCAUUGCCAUUUCUCUCGGCCUCAACUGGCUGCUCAUGAUUUACUUCGGCGCCAAGCUCGGUCGCUACAAGGUCAUGCUUUACCCCCUCAUGUUCGUAAUCAACCCCUUCUUCAACUGGGUCUACAUGGUUUAUGGUAUCUUCACCGCCGGUCAGCGUACAUGGGGAGGACCUCGUGCAGACGCCGGUACCGCCGAUACCACUGUCACACCUCAGCAGGCCAUCGCGCAAGCUGAGGCUGCCGGUGAUGAUCUCAACGUUGUUCCUGAGACCUUCAAGGCCGCAGCUGAGGCUCACAAAAACCGCCCCGGACCCGUUCCUCUCCAGCCUACUGCCGAUAUGGAGGGUCGCUUCGCCGCUGCCGAGAGGCUGCCCAACGGCUGGUACCAGCAAAACAACGAUUCUGGUCUCACAUUCCCGAAUAUGGCACCUCGCGACCCCAACGCUCCUCACAUCCCUCUGCACCCUCGUUCUUCCAUGGACUCGUUUACCUCGACCGGCACCUCCGCGAACAACUCCGUCUACAUGCCCCGCCGUGUCGAAUCCUUCAUGGACCCUGAGGAUGCUCGCAUCUACCACAAGACUCAGGAGACCCAGAAACCUGCUGGUGGCGCUUUCUUCGAGGAGCACCGUCAGCAAGGACCUUACGAAGUCGGCAUGAGCUCCGGAAAGGGCGGCUACACUGAGUCGGUUGAAUCUCUCUCCAGCGACUCCAUCUACGACAAGCAGCAGGCAAAUUCACAGCAGUAUCAGCGCACAUCGCCACUCUCCAACCAGGCCGGACAGGGCGACCUCGCAGCGCCCAAGGCUGCGUACAGCCAGCAGAACAACCGCGAUUCCAAUGGCUCCGUGCGCCAGGGGCGCAGCCCGCUCGCACAAGAAAGCUACAGGAGCGCACCUGGUGACGAGCUCGGUUAUGAGAUGACACAGCCUCAAAAUCAGAGCCUGAUGCGAGACGUCUCUCCCGCCCCCGUGGGGCACAACAGGAGCGACUCGACAGAUUCGAAGAAGCGCAAACGCCUCACCAAGGACCGCAAGUAA